AUGAUGAAUUGUGGCGAAAAUUUGCGUCCAUAUAGUUUCGUUGCUUAUUCACGGGAUGGAUACCCUCCUCCAUACACGGUAAUGAUUAAUUCGGUAAAGCCGGAGAUGGUGGAGAGGGAAGUAACAGCGUUCGACGAGUGCAAUCUACGAGUCGUCCCGGUGCAUCAGAUGGACAUGGUGACAGACUAUCUGAUGCAGGCGCAAGCCGCACACCACGCCGCCGAGGAGAUCACUAACCACGCACUAGAUCUUGCCCAGUCGGAGGUCUAG